ACGGCGAAAGAGUGACACGUUCGUUCAGCUCGUUCGGUUAAAAGACACUUCAUUGUUUGAGUUAUAUUUAUGAAAUCAUACCACUGCAUCUUUUAGGUAACUUAACUCCGACAGUGAGCGUCGCCCAUAGGCCCGUGUAUGUUAUUAUUAGUCAUACGAACCGCUAUAUUCAUUCACGGGAGCUGCCCGGCUCGCUCCACGCGCAUGCGCGUUUCGAGGCUGUCAUUGCGUCAUGGCUGACACGGACUGGCCGGGCUGUGCGAGGAGUUUGAAAGGUGUCAUACUGGACAUGUGCGGCGUUUUAUAUGACAGCGGGGAGGGCGACGGGGUCGCCAUUCCCGGUUCAAUUGAAGCGGUGAAAAGGCUCAAGGCAUCCGACCUGCAGCUGCGCUUCUGCACCAAUGAGACUCAGGCAGCCAGAGAGACGUUCGUCGCCAAGCUGCAGAGACUGGGCUUCGACAUCCUCGUGUCUGAGGUCUUCUCUCCCGCUCCUGCCGCCGCGGCUGUCCUCAAGGAGAGGGGCUUACGGCCCCACCUGCUCGUGUAUGAUGGACUUCUCCCAGAGUUCGACAGUGUUGACCAGAGCAACCCGAACUGCGUGGUGAUUGGAGACGCCGCUGAAAAGUUUACCUACCAGAACCUGAACGAGGCAUUCAGGGUCCUCACAGACCUGGAGAAGCCACUUCUGUUCUCUCUGGGCCAAGGGAGGUACUACAAAGAGACGGACGGUUUGAAACUAGACGUCGGAGCCUACAUGAAGGCUCUGGAGUAUGCGUGUGAUUUAAAGGCCGAAGUAGUUGGAAAGCCGUCCCCGACGUUCUUCCAGAGUGUUCUCAAUGACAUGGGACUUCAACCACAUGAGGCGCUGAUGAUUGGGGACGAUCUGGUGAAUGACGUGGGAGGGGCCCAACGCUGUGGAAUGAGAGGCGUUCAAGUCAGGACGGGCAAAUACCGGCCCGGCGACGAGACACACCCGGCGGUGACGGCCGACGCCACAGUGGACAGCCUGGCCCGGGCGGUGGACGCGCUCCUCCGUCAGAGGCAGCAGACGCCGUGACCCCGGGGCGAUCGCGGGCUCACGUCGGGGUAUUGUUUUCGCACAGCUCUACGAGGAAUGACCUCAGCGCGUGAGGGACGCAUAGUGUGUUUGUCAGUACAUGAUUGAUAGGAGACCUGUAGUUGACACCACCGGCCAUGUGACCACUCACAGGUAGGAAGAUGCAGCACUCACUGCUAGUGUUACACACCGAAGACCAGUUUGUUGUGUAACUGCAAAUGCACACUUGCAAGAUGCAGCAGUGUAGUUUGACAAGUGUUAUAUUAAUAAAGCUAUUUAUAUGUUAUCGCUGUUGUCGCCCUCAUAUUUGCCAAUUUGUCUGGAGGAGUAGUUUUUUUUUUAAAGGGGGUCUAAAGGGCACGUGGGAAAACGGGAAUUUAUCGGAGCAGCUUUUGUUUUACAAAAACGCAUCGCUGGGAAGGGGAAGUGCGCUGGUCUUGGAGAUGAUAAAUGCAGAACCUCAGGCAAGCGCAAUGAAUUACGACAGCGCUUGAGCUCAUGUUUCCUCCCUCUGUAAACAAAAAAGAAAUAAACACGCCGAGUGAAGAACGGCAAAUCUG